ACGUUGUCGGCGUGCACGCACGUAGUCUCUCGCUCUGUAUUAUUGCUCUGAAACUAACCACCAUGGGGAGUUAAGGGCAAGGCGAGAUUUUUUAAAUAACGUAGUAACUGAAGGCUUUCCAUAUGCUGCGUUUUGGGACACAUUGUUCGCGCCAGUAUCCCCAAUGCAGUGGAUUACGGGGGACAGGCUUUCAGAGACGGGUGCAUUGUUUGGCAGCAAAAUCAUUGCUAGAGGGGAAGGUCUGACCUCUGCCUUGUGCAAUCAGAGACAUGAGUGUUGUCAGAGAUGGGAUUGGGUUCAGGGGUGGUGGAGGGGUUGUGGCCUCUCUGAGCGGCCCUACCCACUUUACAGAAGAUGCCCCACGUCCUCCAGUCCCCGGUGAGGAGGGAACUGACUUGGAUCCACCGGUCCAGUCAGUCAACACCCGUCCAAACACCCUUUCACAAACCCCAGGCUAUCCCCCGUCUUCUAAAAUGGGGGAUCCAUCAAGUUAUACACCCUCCUCCUCGUCUGCGACCCCACGACGCCCUGACCUGGACUUGGGGUAUGAACCUGAGGGCUCUGCUUCUCCAACUCCGCCAUAUCUUAAGUGGGCUGAGUCACUGCACUCUCUCUUCGAUGACCAGGAAGGUACCCAGCUGUUCAGAAACUUCCUGAGCCAGGAAGGGUGUGCAGAUCUUGUUGACUUUUGGUUUGCAUGCUCGGGCUUCAGGAAGACCAGCCAGGAGAAGAAGGCAAAGCUGGCUAAGGUCAUCUACAGGAAAUACAUAGUAGAUGGAAGUGGGAUUGUUUCUAGGCAGAUCAAAGCAGCUACCAAGAGCUUCAUCAGAGACUGCGUGGGAAAACCGCAUCCAGACCCUGCUAUGUUUGAACAGGCUCAGACAGAGAUCCAGGCCAUGAUGGAGGAGAACACUUAUCCUUUGUUCCUCAAGUCGGAUUUGUACUUGGAGUACACUCGGACAGGAGGAGAGAGUCCCAAACCUAAUCCUAGUGAUCAGAGCCCUUCAUCAGGGCCAGCCAAGCCUGUGCCUGGGUACUUGCCUACACUUGCUGAAGAUGAGGAGUGGAGGUGUGGAGGAGGUGGUGGAGUCAGGGAAGAGGAGGAAGAGAAAGACGAGUGUGGAGAUACACCAGCUGGUAGGCUGACGCAUAGCCUGCUGAUGCAGACGGCACCACAGAGAGCUUCGACCAACAGGAGGAGGCAGGACAGCAGAGAGUACAGACCGUGGAGAGAGCCAAUAAACCCGUACUACGCAAAUAUGGGCUACGCUCGUGCUCCAGCAACCAGUGCCAAUGACAGUGAGCAGCAGAGCAUGUCAAGUGAUGCAGACACACUGUCAUUGACCGACAGCAGUGUAGAUGGUAUUCCUCCGUACAGAUAUCGAAAGCAGCAUCGUAAAGAAAUGCAUGAAAGUGCCAAAGCCAAUGGCCGUGUGCCCCUACCUCAUAUACCUCGCACACAUCGUAUGCCAAAGGACAUCCACGUAGAACCGGAACGGUUUGCAGCGGAGCUCAUCAGCAGGCUGGAGACUGUUCUCAGAGAAAGAGAGGCUGAGGAAAGACUUGAAGAGAGGCUGAAGAGAGUAAGGCUGGAAGAAGAAGGGGAAGAUGCUGACAUCUCCAUGACAACCUCCAUAUCCUCUCAUAACAUACCACUCCCUCUCCCGUCAUCAUUUCCACCUCUAUAUGGUGCCCGUUAUUCAGAGACCACUGCUAACACGGGAACAGCCACCACUUAUGGUGGCCUGGUUGCCAUGGAGGAUUCCCAUGACGACGACCCAGAAUCUAUUUUGGAUGAGCAUGUACAGCGAGUGAUGAAGACACCAGGCUGCCAGUCGCCAGGAGCAACAAACAGCACCUUAGGAGGAGGAGGAGGUCGACACACUCCUCCCAAAUCGUCCCGCUCACCUGAUGGAGGAAUUGGGCCACCUCACUACCGGGGCGGUCACAGUCUGCCUGCUGCUGGAGUCAAAGGUAUCCAUCACCAUAAGCAGCUGUACCACCAUAGAGGAAGAGAAGGGCAGGAGGAGACGGGCUGUAGGUCUCAGGCCAGCUUCCUGUGGAACGGAGACCAAGCCAGUCAGCACACAGCAAGAAGAAACUAUGCUGACGGAGCCGGAGCCAGUACCAUUGAUGGGAUGGGUUACAGUAGCAAAGGUAGCACACUAUCACGGAGAGGAUGUAAGAAAACAGAAACAUCAGGCAAAGGCGACGAGAGUGGGCGGGGCCUGGAGUCCCAAGUUCCACUGGAAGAUCUGGAGAGAAACCAGAAGAUCAUUCAGUGGAUGAUGGAGGGAGACAGACAAAGGAAGAGUUCUCAUGGUGGCAGCACCAGUAGCUCUAGGAGGACAGGAACCAGCAGUGAGUCUCCACGUCCAACUUCAGUGGAGCGGCCCGGAGCUGUGCACCCCUGGGUCUCAGCCCAGCUGCGUAACAACCCCUCCUCAGGUUCCACAGCUAUCCCGGGCUCAUCUUCCACCCAGGUCCAGCCUUCGCACCCUUUCAUCCAGGACCCAGCUAUGCCCCCCAACCCAGCUCCCAACCCACUCACCCAGCUGGAGGAGGCUAGAAGGAGACUUGAAGAGGAGAGGAGGAGGGCUGCACUUCUGCAGGCUAAGCAGAGGCAUAAGUCUGGGAAGCGGCAAGUAUGUGAGAACAUGACGGUUGCGUACUACUUUUGUGGAGAGCCAAUCCCAUAUCGAACAUCAGUCAAAGGCCGUGUUGUGACUUUGGGCCAGUUUAAGGAGCUGCUUACCAAAAAGGGCCACUACAGAUUUUACUUCAAGAAAGUGAGCGACGAGUUUGACUGUGGUGUGGUGUUUGAGGAGGUUCGUGAUGACGAUGCCAUCUUGCCUAUAUUCGAGGAAAAGAUUGUCGGGAAGGUGGAGAAGGUUGACUGAAAUUUGGGAACAGGAAAAUGAAAGAAAUGAUUUUCUUUUUUUUUUUUUAAAAAAAAGUUCAGGUUGGAUAAAAAUUCACCUGCAACAAAUCAAA